CCACUAAGUGUCGCGCUUGCGCAGGAAAAUGUGUCUUCAGUGCGUCAUAACAGAGCGACAGACGAGUUACAAAACAUCAAAAACACUCUGAACUUCAACCCAACCUAUGAAAUCAAUAAACAGUUUUUCUGAUGAUGAGCAGCAUCCAGAUGAGUGGCAGAGACGAGCUGCUCGAGCGCUUUCUGGACGCCUCGUCUAGAGGAGACGUGGAGACGGUGUCGGUCCUGACGUCUCAGUCCAGAGAGCUGCUGAACCGGCGGGGAGAUCAGGGCUGGACCGCGUUAAUGCUGGCCGCCAGAAACGGACACUACGAGGUGGCCAAAGUCUUACUGUCCAACGGAUGCGACACUAGCGUCACAAACCGCUCGGGUCAGACGGCUGCGGAUGUGGCUCAGUUCUGGGGUCACCGACACGUCGCCCGUCUGUUGGCCGGCGGCUGCGAUCACACUCGAGACCUCCGUCAUCUUCUGCCCAGCAGAGCCGCGGAAGAGCCGGACACUUACUUCAACAGAGAGCUUCUCGACAGAAAGAGCGACAGACGGAGCGACUCGGAGUGGCUCGCCGCCAAACAAGCUUCUCCAGAGACGGUGUUCCUUCUCUUCCACCAGCUGAAUCCUCUGGUGUCGUCCAGAGCGGAGGAUGCGGAGGACGGUCGGCCCGACACGAGGCUCUGUAAGCUCCGAGCGCCGGCGGUGCAGGAGCUGCUGAAGAACAGCGACACGGUGGUUGUUUUCUUAGGAGUGGAGAAGCAGGAGACGGGCGACGGGCUGCUGGCGUGGUUUGCUCUCGGUACUGAAGACGAUCCUACAGAACUCCUGAAAGCAGAAGAUCCCGGUCGUUUUUUCCUUCCGGGAGCGAUGCCGGGACUCUUGAGGCUGAGUGACGAUGAUGCAGGUGUCGUGGCUCAGGCCCGAUCCGUUCUGGCGUGGCACAGCCGAUACCGCUUCUGCCCGACCUGCGGGAGCAGCACUAAAGUAGAAGACGGCGGCUACAAGAGGACCUGUUUGAGAGCAGGCUGCAGAAGUCUCCAGGGCGUCCACAACACCUGCUAUCCCAGAGUUGAUCCGGUGGUGAUCAUGUUAGUCCUUCAUCCCGAUGGGAAUCAAUGUCUGCUGGGACGCAAGAAGAUCUUUCCUCCAGGAAUGUUCUCGUGCCUCGCCGGGUUCGUAGAGCCAGGGGAGGCGCUGGAGGCGGCGGUGAGGCGGGAGGUGCUGGAGGAGAGCGGCGUUCAGGUGGGACCCGUGCAGUACGUGUCGAGCCAGGCCUGGCCGAUGCCCUCCUGCCUGAUGAUUGGCUGCCACUGCGUCGCUCUGACCACAGACAUCAAAGUGGACGAGAGCGAGAUCGAAGAGGCGCGCUGGUUCACGCGGCAGCAGGUGAUCGACGCUCUUGUGAAAGACAAACGGGCGGUUUUCAGCAUGCCGCCCAGACAAGCCAUCGCUCACCACCUGCUCAAACACUGGACUGGAUUUAACGCAAACCUCUGAACUGUGCUUCCUUUAUGAUGGAUAUGAAAAGAUCUAUUAAUCAAAUUGAUUUAAUGAGCUUUGAACUGAAUCAAUCAUCUGUUCUUUCUAGAUUACAGAAGUGAAAUUUAUUUAAAAUCAUGACGAAACAGCAGAAAAUGUUUUAUAUCCUUAUAUUGUAAUCAUUACAAGCACUGAGUACAUGACAUCACCGUAUGAACGUUACAUUGACACACUCAUCUGACUGAUACUGUAACACUCAAACUAACAUGUUCUGCUUUGAAACUAUAUGCAUUCUGAAGAGUGCGAUACAAAUAAACUUCAAUCCUUUAACGAUUUA